GUGAGGCGCUGAGAAGAGGAGGAGGACAGCUUACAAGGAACAGAGAAAGAGAAACGGAAGAUAUAGAAGGCUUUAAUGUACAGCACAAGCAAAGAAAAGAAAUACAGCUAUUUAAUUCCUUUAACCACCUGCAUGUCCACUGAUAGAAGACUGUACAAACGGAAGAUUUAAAUGACAAGAUUGAAUGUGACUGGAUUGUGACACUACCGUUGCAGCCCCUCCGGCAGGCAGCCCAUUCACAAACAGCGGACCGCUUCAAGUGCUUUGACAGGGGAGAAGAUGAGGAAAUUCUGACUGACACUCCUCCUGCAUGGAAUUUUUAUCUUGUUCUCGGUCUCAGUGAUUUUCAGGAGACCAAUCUUGGCUCUAGUCCAGUUCAUCAGGCUGAGCUGAGGAAGCUGAAUAAAGCCGGGAAGAUAUGCGAAGAAAAAGCAGACAAGCAAUCAGCGUGAGUGCAGCAUCUGUUUGCACCUGCCACUGAAAAGACAGCUCUGCCAGCACGGCUUUUGUCGUCCGCCUGCCUUCCUGGCGAAUGAGAGACCGAGGCCUCUCGGCCGAAUGGAAUGGAAUUCAGCCAUGCGGCUCUGACUGGAGUUGUUGUUUGCCUUGUGCUGUCAGUGGGCAGGCAGUGCCUGCGUUCCUCCUGCUGCUGCUACUGACUGUUUCCAGAUUAUCUCAAGAGUGUAGGCUGAAAAUAUUCUCUGCUUGCUUCCGCCCCUCCACUUUUAGCCACUCUUGGGCAGAAGCAAGUGAUAAACAACUAACUUGAUGAUUUGAAUUAACCUACUUGGUGAAUGGAUGCACUGGGGGUUAAACUUAACUUGGUUGAUUUAAUGGAGUCUUUUGCCCCUUAAACUUAUUCUGCAUCUCUGGAGGAUUGCGCUGGCCUGAAUAUUUUUCUAUUUUCAUCCCUCGAGGUGCCAUUUUUAUCAUUAACUGUUCACCGGUUAUGCAGAGGCUGUAGUUUCCAUAGAAAUGAAGAUAUCUGUGAAUCUCUGGAGACUGAGAGUGUCAGAGUAAGGUGAAGGAGAGGUACAGGGAAAUAAAUCUGUUGUGUUUCCUUUAGCCUGGGAUGAAAAGAUGUUUGGAUGAUAGUGGAGAUCACUGACUGGAUGAAUGAAGGAAGAUUUUCAGGGAGACGCUUAUUUUCCAGCCAUUCCUCACUCUGAGGAAGUGAAGAUACAGAGAGGCACAAAAACACGCUGUUCUCAAGGCACUCCUUUCUCUGAACUGCCAGAAGCAAACAGUGUACGGAGAAAAAGACUGUUAGCCAUGUGCUAAAAUGCUCUCCUACUCUCAAUUGACUCUUUCAGUGUCCUCAUGUUGAAUCAAAUUCUUCAAAUUUUUCCAUUUUUGAAAUACCUGUUGAAAAUCUAUACUGUCAAAUAGAGUGCAUUGUUAUUUUCAUGAAUAGCAGAUGCUAUUCGGUGAGAAAAAUUACAAACAAGACUUGUAGCAAGUGGGAGAAGUUGUUCAAAUGUCAUUUGCUAAUCUUAUAGGAUGAUCGCAUCUGUUUUUGCUGUGGAUGAGCAUGACAUCAACAAAGAGCGAAUUUUCAGCACUAAUACCCAAAGCCUGGUCUCUGUCAGAUCAUUUGUGUCUCAUGGACUUCUGAUAAUUCUUGGGUAGAGGACUUUAUCCUUGAUUAGGAAAGUGAGACAACUUCACUAAAGUCAAGAUCCAGAUACAAGACAGUAAAAUGGAUGAUUCCAGUAUAUUAAGGCGGAGAGGCCUUCAGAAGGAGCUGAGUCUUCCCAGAAGAGGCAGUUUCUGUCGGACCAGCAACAGAAAGAGUUUGAUAGUGACAUCCAGCACCUCUCCCACUCUGCCUCGACCCCAUUCUCCACUGCACGGACACCCAGGAUCCAGCCCAUUGGACAGUCCACGCAAUUUCUCCCCUAACACUGCGGCCCACUUCUCUUUUGUGCCAGCUCGCAGCCAUGGACACAGGGCUGACAGGACGGAUGGUCGUCGCUGGUCUCUCGCCUCUCUGCCGUCCUCUGGCUAUGGAACCAACACCCCCAGCUCAACAGUCUCGUCAUCAUGUUCAUCUCAGGAGAAGCUGCACCAGUUGCCCUUCCAGCCCACUGCAGACGAGCUGCAUUUCCUCACCAAACACUUCAGCUCAGAGAGCAUCACGGAUGAGGACGGGAGAAGAUCGCCAGCCAUGCGACCGCGCUCCCGCAGUCUCAGCCCUGGACGCUCACCCAUAUCAUUUGACCAUGAGAUCAUCAUGAUGAACCAUGUUUACAAGGAGCGUUUCCCUAAGGCUACUGCUCAGAUGGAGGAACGGUUGGCUGAUUUCAUAUCCUCAUCAGCUCCUGACAAAGUCAUGCCUUUAGCUGACGGCGUCCUGAGCUUCAUCCACCACCAGGUCAUCGAACUGUCUCGGGACUGCCUGGACAAAUCCCGCGAGGGUCUCAUCACCUCCCGCUACUUCUAUGAGCUACAGGAGAACCUUGAGAAGCUACACCAGGAUGCUCAUGAGCGUUCAGAAAGUGGGGAGGUGACGUUUGUCACCCAGCUGGUAAAGAAACUGAUGAUAGUCAUCGCCCGGCCCGCCCGUCUGCUGGAGUGUUUGGAGUUUAACCCAGAGGAGUUCUACCACCUGUUAGAGGCUGCUGAAGGUCAUGCUAAAGAAGGUCAAGGCAUCAAGUCUGACAUCCCUCGGUACAUCAUCAGCCAGCUGGGCCUCACUAGGGACCCCCUUGAGGAAAUGGCCCAGCUGAGUAGCUAUGACAGUGGUAACCCUGAAACCCCAGAGACAGAGACAGAUUCCACAGAUAGUCGAGGAGCCACUGUACAGCCACACCAGCUUCAGCCUCAGUCAAAAACUAAAACUCCUCGUGAGGAAGACUUUGAGACCAUUAAACUCAUCAGUAAUGGAGCCUAUGGGGCUGUGUUUUUGGUGAGGCAUAAGGAGACCCGUCAGCGAUUUGCCAUGAAGAAGAUCAACAAGCAGAACCUGAUCCUGAGAAACCAGAUCCAGCAGGCCUUUGUGGAAAGAGACAUCCUGACAUUUGCAGAGAACCCUUUUGUUGUCAGCAUGUUCUGCUCCUUUGAGACAAGGAGACAUCUUUGCAUGGUUAUGGAGUAUGUGGAGGGUGGGGACUGUGCCACUUUGCUGAAGCACAUUGGAGCUCUGCCUGUGGACAUGGCACGUAUGUACUUUGCUGAGACCGUUCUAGCACUGGAAUACCUUCACAACUAUGGCAUUGUGCACAGAGACCUCAAACCUGACAAUCUCCUGAUUACUUCAAUGGGACACGUCAAAUUGACAGACUUCGGCCUGUCCAAAAUUGGUUUAAUGAGCUUAACAACCAAUCUAUACGAGGGCCACAUUGAAAAAGAUGCCCGUGAAUUCCUUGAUAAACAGGUGUGUGGUACUCCUGAAUACAUUGCUCCUGAGGUCAUUCUGAGGCAGGGCUAUGGUAAACCAGUGGACUGGUGGGCCAUGGGAGUCAUCUUGUACGAGUUUCUUGUGGGCUGUGCUCCCUUCUUUGGGGAUACACCCGAGGAACUGUUUGGACAAGUCAUCAGUGAUGAGAUAAUCUGGCCAGAAGGUGAUGAAGCUUUGCCUCCUGAGGCUCAAGAUCUCAUCUCCAAACUACUGCGGCAAAACCCUCUGGAGCGUCUGGGGACAGGGAGUGCGUUUGAGGUGAAACAGCACCGCUUUUUUACUGAUCUGGACUGGAACAGUCUCCUGAGGCAGAAGGCUGAGUUCAUUCCUCAGCUGGAGUCGGAGGAUGACACUAGCUACUUUGACACACGCUCAGAUCGGUAUCAUCAUGUAGACUCGGAGGAAGAGGAUGACACUAAUGAUGAUGACCAUCUGGAGAUCCGUCAGUUCUCCUCCUGUUCACCACGAUUUAGCAAGGUAUAUAGUAGUAUGGAGCGUCUUUCCUUGCAUGAGGAGAAGCGCACCCCUCCUCCCACUAAGCGCAGUCUGAGUGAAGAAGGAGGAGAGCGGAUCGACAGUCUCAGUGGCCUAAAGUCUAGAGACCGGAGCUGGCUGGUUGGCUCGCCCGAGAUCUUAAGGAAGCGUCUCUCUGUUUCCGAGUCAUCUCACACUGAGAGUGAUUCCAGCCCACCUCUGACUGUACGUCGCCGCUGCUGCUCAGCUAUCAUCGAAAUGCCUCGAUUUGCCAUUUCCAGUGAAGAGGAUGGCGGUGUGGGGGGCAGGAAGACCCCUGUGAGGGGCCCUCGUGUGGAAGAUCUGCCUCAGGCCAUACCAGAGCUCCCUGUGGAGAGAGAGCUCAGGCUGGAUGAAUCACCCACCACACCAGGCUCCACUUCCAGCCAGAUCAGCCAAUCCACUCUCACACCUGGUAGUUCUGCUGAUGUGUUGGAUCGAGCUUCUCGCUACAGUGCUGAAAGUUAUGAAAACUCCACUCCUAAAGCCAUCAGUGAUUUGGCGGCUCGAAGAGCUCGCCACAGACUGCUAUCAGGAGAUACAGAGAAACACGCAUCACGUCCACUUAACAAAGUCAUCAAAUCAGCCUCAGCAACUACCCUCUCACUAAUGAUUCCUUCUGAUCACCAUGGUGCCUCUCCUCUUGCCAGUCCCAUGUCCCCUCACUCUCUUUCGUCCAACCCCUCAUCACGUGACUCCUCUCCCAGCCGAGACCUGUCCCCAGCUGUCUGCAGUGUUAAACCCGCCAUAGUCAUUCACAGAGCCGGCAAGAAAUAUGGUUUUACCCUGCGUGCCAUCAGGGUUUACAUGGGAGACACAGACAUUUAUACUGUGCACCACAUGGUCUGGCACGUGGAGGAUGGAGGACCUGCUCAUGAGGCUGGACUGAGAGAGGGAGAUCUUAUUACACAUGUUAAUGGAGAGCCUGUCCAUGGACUUGUGCACACAGAAGUUGUAGAGCUCAUUCUCAAGAGUGGUAGUAAGGUGUCCAUCUCUGCUACGCCUUUUGAGAAUACAUCUAUUAAGGUUGGCCCUGCACGCAAAACCAGCUACAAGUCCAAAAUGGCCCGCCGCAACAAAAGAACUAAAACCAGAGAAGGACAAGACAGUAAGAAGAAAAACUCCCUGUUCCGUAAGAUCACCAAGCAGGCUACUCUUCUCCACACCAGUCGCAGUUUGUCCUCUCUGAACCGCUCGGUCUCGUCUGGCGACAGUGUCCCGGGGUCUCCCACUCACAUGUCCCCUCGUUCACCCACACAGGGCUGUCGUUCCACACCCGACUCUGCCCACUCAGUUGGUGGGAACUCAUCCCAAAGUAGCUCACCUAGCUCCAGUGUGCCAAACUCUCCUGCCAGUUCUGGUCAGAUCAGACCGAGCUCUUUGCAUGGUCUAGCCCCCAAACUGCAGCGCCAGUACCGCUCCCCCCGCCGGAAGUCCGCAGGCAACAUCCCCUUAUCCCCUCUGGCUCGUACACCGUCGCCCACCCCUCAGAACACCUCCCCGCAGCGUUCUCCUUCACCUCUUCCAAGCCACGCACUUCUCACUUCUUCAAUUGGCCAGUCUUUCCCUGUCAAACUCCACUCUUCGCCUCCCUUAGUAAGACAGAUAUCCCGCCCUAAGAGUGCGGAUCCUCCUCGCUCCCCUCUGCUCAAACGUGUCCAGUCGGCUGAGAAACUUGCAGCUUCUCUUUCUUCUUCAUCCUCUUCACCUUCUCCUUCCUCUGCUACUGAUAAAAAACUGCCAGUUGGGGCCAGCCGCAAACACAGUCUUGAUACUUCACAUUCAGAGUUUAAAAAGGAGAUGCUACAGCGAGACCCUAGUCUACAGAGCCUGCAGGAAUCAGCCAGUGAGACUCUAAUGGGAGGAAGAGUGUCUCCUGCAGAAAAGGGCAGCCUGCAGAAGAGUUCAGUUCGAAAACUGGGUCGGCAAGAAGGUCCUGAAUCUGGAACUGGAACUCUGGGACUUGUUCCUGGGAAGAGUAAACUGAAAGACAAGCUGUCUGCUAUACGCCAGGAUCGUGCUGAGCGCCGCGAGUCUCUUCAAAAGCAAGAUGCCAUCCACGAGGUGGAUUCCUCAGAGGAUGAGACAGACGAAGGGUCAGAAGACAGCCAAGAUGGACGCAGGACAAGCUACGUUCCUCCUAGCCAUAUCUUGAGGCCUACUACUGCAAUGGCCUCCCCCCAUACCAUCAGGAUUGGACCAGCAGCUCCACCAACACUGGGAUUGAUGCCCUCAACAGUUGCACCACCAGGCUCACCUCAGCCUGGUCAAGGACUGCAGAUACAAAGCCAAAGUACCACUCAAUCUCAGACACAAACUUCAACCUCACCGCCAAUGCAAGCUGCAGCCAAGCCCCCAGAACAGAAUCCCACAACCUCUGCUAUGGCCCAAGACUCCAAUUCAACGCUAGCGGAUGACUCGAUAAAGAAAGAGUCAAAGGCACAGGACUGUUGUGUUAGGCCUUCUCCACUUCAACCCAGCCCUCUGUCCAGCACCUUUUCCACCCACGGCAGCGCCUUUACCUCUGUCAGCAAAGACCCCUUUGUCAAACCUACCACACCUCCAUUGGAUCCCCGGAGGACCUUCAAAACUUCUGAGCCCAGGUCCAAAACCAGUGGUAGAAUGGAUUCUAGCACUGCUUCUGGAGUAGCCUGGGAUACUCCUGUUGCUACCACACCAACCGGAGGCAUCACUAAGGAGAUGAAGGAGGCCGACAACCGCAGACAGGCUGCAGCCACUGCUGCUGCUACCGCCUCUGCAUCCACUGCCUCUGAGAGCGGAAUGGACAAAGUUGUGUCUCAACUGGCCACUGUUGCUAAGAGUGUACUUGGCCCUGUCAAACUCAACAUCGGAGGUACUAAAGAGGCCUCAGAGCGGACAAAGGACCAGCGUCCCCAGGUAGAUGCCAACCACCCAAAGAUAAAAGAAUGUCGUCUGGAGCGUCCUGAUUCUCCUGACCGCUUGAGUCCCUCUGCUGCUUCUGGCUCCCAGUCUCCAAGGCUGACUGAAUCUCCCUCUAAACAAACAUUAUCCAAAUCUGAGCCAGCCUCAACUUCUCAGAGGUCUUUAGAGGUCCAAGAGACUUCAAAAAGGGCAGGUCCUCCAAACUCCCAAGCUGGGGAAGAGAAUCAGGAAAGACCAGGGACUUCACAAAGUGGCAGCACACCAAGGCCUAGGUCUGAAGCACAAUCACGGGCCCAGGCAAAGCCCAAUUCCACUACUUCACGAGAUAAAUCUAACAAGACAACGUAGCAGCCCUGCAUAAAGACCCAUUUUCUCCAGCUUUAAUUUAACUUGCCUAUUAACAGACAUUUUAACACAAAGUGGUUGUCCUGUUUAACGUCAGUAUCCUUGUAAAAAGAUUCUGGAAAGAUAAGACAAAGGGAGAGAUAGAGGUGUUUACAGAUGAGCCCAAAAGCUUAAUUUCAGAGAGUUUUAUGCUCUGCCAUUCACAAAAUAAUUGUGAGGUUGUGCAAUUGUUUUGAUUUUCUUGUUCCUCUUUUUUAAGUAUUUUUCUCAGCACCUAGAAAACUUGGGAAAAAUGUGUGGUUCUGCACCCUGAGAGCCAGAAACCCUAUCCACUCACAGUGUAUUACCUCUUCAUAUUACUUUAAGAAUAUUCUGUUGUAGUAGGUAUAGUUGUGCCUU